CAACACCAGCAACUCUCACAAGUAACCGCCCGAAUUCUAAUCUAUUGAUACUCUCCCACGCCAGCAUCUUCACUUCACCUUCCUUAUACAUCCUUCUGCGGGCCUUGAGCACCUUUCCCGACUAGACACCGCCUUCCAUGCAUUAAUUGACCACACCCUGCACCUUCAUGGUCGGUGGCGCAUUUGUUUUGGGUCGCAGCAGACUGGGGGGUUUGAAUCGAUGACCUCUCGACCGCGUUCCCUCACAAACACCCAGACGUAAUCAAUCACUCAACAUAUUCUUCACCUUGUAUCAGGGUCGAUCGACUCGUCGGCUGAUCCCAACAUGGCACCUACUCAACCUCACAUUGCCGCGCAGCUCCGCCAACUGAUCUACUAUCACCUCGACAACAACCUACUCAGAAAUGCCCUCUUCCUCGCUUCCCGUCUCGUCGCCUACGAGCCUCGCUCUCCCGAAGCUGCCUACUUGCUCGCAUACUGUCAAUUUCAAUCAGGGUUUCUGAAAGCUGCGUGGGACACUUCACGCGCCGCAGCUGUAAAAGGUAUCCACUUGGGAUGCAGUUACAUUUUCGCUCAGUGUUCUCUAGAACUCGGUCGGAUUCUCGAAGGUCUCACUGCGUUAGAGAAAUGCAAACACCACUGGCAAAAUAGGAAUACGUGGAGCCAACACAAUGAGUCGAGACGCCAGCAUCUUCCCGAUGCCGCGGCCGUCUUAUGCCUCAAAGGGAAGCUCUGGAAGGCACAUAAAAAUGUAGACCAGGCUGUGGAGUGUUGGGCCGCGUCUUUGAAACUGAACCCAUUCAUGUGGGAUGCAUUUAUGGGGUUAUGCGAUGCCGGAGCGAAGAUUAGUGUGCCCAACAUCUACAAGUUGAACAAUGAGAUGGUAGCAGCGACGCAUUCAGCGCAACAGCAGAGCGCAAGAAUUGAAAAUGCGCCGACAGAGAAGGGAUCGGGAACGAGUUCGCAAGCACCAUCAGAUCCGUUUGUCUCGACGCAAAAGUCCAGCAUGCAGCAACAAUCGGGGAACUCAGUGCUAUGGGAAAAACUUAAUGGAAGCAAAAUGAGCGUCAACACAGUCAGCACGGUUUUGGACGAGGAAGGUCUCGCUACUCCGUCAACAGAGGCCGAAGGGGACGAAGCCGUCCUGCACGGUGCCCCGCUCAACAACCAAUAUCACGAACCACCGCCGGCACCCAUCAGAAAAGCGAAGACCUUGACGGAGACACACGCAGAUCCUCCUCCUAGGUGGAAGUCAGGAUCUACUAGGAUAAGGACAAAAGCAAAAGGUGCAUCGGAUGAAUCUACCACUGUCUUACAAGAUCCUCCUCCACAGCCACUGCCAGCAGCACCUUCUAAGAGAACGGUUUCGGGUCAGCCUGCUCCAACAUCCUCUCAUGCUGCUCCCUCAAGUAUUACUGAGGGAACGAGAAGAAGUAAUCGGCUGCUUAACACAACACGACCACCUAGUGCGAGUAGCACAGCCGGGAGCAAGAUUUCGUCUCUGGCAAACACGCUCGGUCUAAGAGAAGGACGAGAUAUCAAGAAAGCGAAGGCCCCAGUUGCGAAAGGCAGAACAGCGAACGCCGCAACUGUCGGGAGGGUCGUGAGCGGGAAUAGGACGAGGACCGGGUCGGCCGACCAAAUGGACGUGGACGCGAAAGAACACAAAAAUGCUCCCAACGCAAACGCACCUCCUCCCGUACCACCUCUCCCAAAUCACAAAACACGAGUGCCCUCGACUGCGGACAGAGAGCUAGAAGCACUCCAAACUCUUUUGGAUCUAUCUGGGAGAAUUGCUUCCGCUCAGCUCUGCCUCUCCAACUAUGACUGCCAAACCGCCAUUCAGAUGUACAAUGCCCUUCCUUCCUCACAGCGUGAGACGCCUUACAUCCUAAGUCAAAUUGCCAAAGCCUACUAUGAACAGGCCUCGUACACCGAGGCUGAGAAAUUCUUCAUCCGCGUCCGUCAACUUGCGCCCACUCGUCUUGAAGACAUGGAAGUCUACUCGACAGUCCUCUGGCACUUGAAGUCAGAGAUUGAACUGGCCUAUCUGGCACAUGAGCUCAUUGAGAUUGACCGAUUGUCACCUCAAGCGUGGUGCGCAAUCGGGAAUUCCUUUUCUCUUCAGCGCGAGCAUGAACAAGCAUUGAAAUGCUUCAAACGCUCAACUCAACUUGACUCGCAAUUCGCGUACGGGUUCACGCUCCAGGGACACGAGUACAUCGCCAACGAGGAGUUCGAGAAAGCCCUUGAAGCGUAUAGAGCAGCGAUCGCCGCGGAUGGGAGACAUUACAACGCAUGGUACGGUUUAGGAAAAGUGUACGAGAAAAUGGGCAAGUGGAAUAUUGCGGAGCAGCAUUAUCGGACGGCAGCGAAGAUUAAUCCCACCAACGCUGUGUUGAUAUGUUGUAUCGGCCUCGUUCUGGAAAAACAGAAGCAUCCAGAAGACGCACUACUCAUGUACACUCGCGCAUGCAGCCUGGCGCCCCAGUCGGCCUUGAGUCGAUUCAAGAAAGCGAGAUGUCUGAUGAGCUUAGGGCGUCCGAGGGAAGCGCUUGCCGAAUUGAUGAUAUUGAGGGAUGUGGUGCCUGAUGAGGCGAAUGUAUGGUUCCUGAUGGGACGUCUCUACAAGACUUUGAGAGACAAAGGCAAUGCUGUGAGAGCCUUCACCAUGGCGCUGAACUUGGAUCCAAAGGCUGCCCAAUUCAUCAAAGACGCGAUGGAGAGUCUGGACGAUGAUGAUGACGAUUAUGACGAGGAUGAAGACAUGGAGUGAUGAUGAUCGUGGUACUUCUUUCUCGGUCCGAAGGAGCUCUAUCUUUCAAGAGAAGGACGAUGAGAGUCCAAGGGGAGGUACCGUGUGGCCAACGGCACCC